AUGGGCCAUGAGUUUGGUGGCAUUAUCGAAGAAGUUGGCGACGGUGUAACACAUCUCUCCCCGGGCCAGCGUGCCGUCGUGCGCCCUACUAUUUUCGACGGAACAUGUUCUGCCUGUAAGCAAGGUCAGGAACACUGCUGCGAGUAUAUUGGAUUCAUUGGAUUAAGCGAGAGUGAUAAUCUGAUGGCUUUUCCCAGGCUACGGGGGGGCUUGUCCAAAAAGAUCGUCGCACCAGCCGGUCACUUCUACCCCAUCACAAACAACAUAUCCCUCGAAGCUGCAGCCCUUAUAGAACCACUCGCCGUCGCCUGGCACGCAGUUAGCUUGUCGCCGUUCAAAUCAGGCGAUAACGUCCUGCUCGUUGGAGGCGGACCUAUUGGGGUCAGCGUCGUGCAGGUCCUCAAGCUGCAAGGAGCGAAGAACAUUAUAGUGUCUGAAUUAAUGGAUAACCGCCAACGCCUCUGCAGGAAGUACGGCGCAACGCAUAUUUUAGAUCCACGAGAGGGCGACAUUGCGCAAGGCGUGCGUGAGAUCACGGGUGGUGUCGGUGCAGAUGUUAUUUUCGACGCUGCGGGUGUGGAGAAGGCAUUGGUCGGAGCUAUACCCGCUUGUCGGGUGCAAGGUACUAUUGUUAACAUUGCUGUUUGGGAGAAACCGCCUUCCAUUCCAGUAAAUCAGCUGAUGUACAAAGAGCUUCGGUACGUGGGAGCGGCGCUGUAUGACGAAACGUCGUUUUUGGAUACGAUCCGCGCGGUGAAUGACGGCCAACUUAGACCUGAAGACAUGAUUACCUCGCGCAUUACGCUUGAUGAAGUUGUGGAGAAAGGCUUCAAGACAUUACUUGAGCAUAAGGACGAGCACUGUAAGAUACUGGUAGACGUGCAGGCUUAA